AUGUCUUUACCCGCAAACUUCAACGAACAUCUCGCUCAGGCGAAAUCCGUCGUGCGUCCCAACCUCGUAAAACAGCGCAUGCAAUCCGGUCAGAUCGCGCAUUCGCUUGGCCUACGCAUCGUCCUCAGCACAGAGAUCGCGCUAUUGGCGGAGAGGGCUGGGUAUCAUGCUGUGCUUAUGAACUUGGAGCAUAGUGCGACUGGGCUGGAGACCAUGUCUGCGGUUUCGACGGCUUGUAUGAAUGUAGGGAUCACGCCUAUGGUCGUAGUGCCCACUAACUCUCCAGAAUGGAUCUCUCGUUCUCUUGAUUCGGGUGCCCAGGCCGUUAUCGUACCGCAUGUCAGCACUCUCGAAGCCGCCCUUGUCUGUGUCAAAGCCGCAAAAUAUCGACCCAUAGGCGAACGCAGCAUGACCAUGCUCACUCCUCUCACCCAAUACUCUACCGGAAUACAUUUCAAGGCUGUGUCAGAGGUGUCGAAUGAUGCGAUUCUGAUCAUGCCAAUGAUUGAGACGAGGCAGGGAGUAGAGAACGUAGAGGAGAUCGCAGCAGUUAAGGGCAUCGAUGUCCUGUUAAUAGGUUGCGGGGAUCUUUGCGUCGACCUGGACAUUCCUGGCGAAUAUGACAACCCGACGUUCCAUUCAGCGGUCGCGAAAGUCUGUGCAGCCGCUUCUAAAAAUGGGAUCUUCGUCGGCUUUGGAGGGCUGGAGACUCGAGCAGAUUUGAUGGAGAAGUUCACUUCGGAGCACAGUUGCGCUAGAUAUCUUAUGUCAGGACGAGAUAUUGUGCAUCUAUUCAAUGGAAUGAAAGCGCAGUGUAAGCAGUUCGAGGAGAUGAAUGCGAAAUUGCAGGCUAAGGGGUCGUCUUGAAUAUACUCCGAUGGCUUGCUAGCGUAUGAGUAAAUGUAUGAUUGUAUGUUUGGACUUGUAUGAAGUAUUCCG